AUGACAACCACUAGUGUUGCCAUGCAGUCCCCUCGGCCCGCGACCAAACUAAAUAAAACAACUUCAACAGAAUUACCGUCUAACAAGAGGAAAGCAUCCGACACAUUAAAAGAUGGUGUAACACACCGCCAGAAAAUUACUAGAGCCUGUGACUCAUGCAAAUUAAAGAAAACCAGGUGUACUGGUACUCUACCAUGCACAAGAUGUACACGACUGUCACUGUUGUGCAGAUACAACGCUGCAUACUCUCGAGGGCUACCACCAGACCCUCUCCCUGCAUCACCGAGUCCGAUUUUAACACCGACUGGGCGCCGUGCAUUUGAGAAUGUGGAUGUACGCACGUCCAGCCCUAAUCUUCAGCGCAAUGGUCGGGACUCGACUAUGACCGACGAUCUACUUUCAACCCAAACCCAAAAGCACCACCAGCACCAGCAUGUGGUAUCAUCGCGGAACUCGCCAGAGCCAGGGUCAACUGAUUUUGAGGGUAAUUACCUCGGUCCUUCAUCCGGUGUGUCAUUCAUCAAUCGCGUAUGGAGCCGUCUGCAUCAGGAUGAAACCACGCACUAUCCGAACGAACCCCAAAAUGAGUCCUCGCGGAAUACAGCUGUCUUCAUGUUUGGCGAUAAGCCUUACUCUAACUCGCAGGAGGCGGAGUUUACCCUCCCGUCUUUGGAAAAGGCGCUGGAGCUGGUGGGAAUUUACUUCGAUUACUCUAUGGUGACUUAUCGGUUUGUGCACAGGAGCAAUGUGGAAGAGUGGACUAGACAAGUUUACCAAAAUAACAUCAGCCUCUCCAAUCUCCCUGUGGGAAACAUGGUGGCUCGGACCGCUAUCGUUCUCAUGAUCAUUGCUGUGAGUACUUUGUACGUGGAAAUGAGGCCCGGGGGGAUGCCUAGUGGGCGGGGUGAAAGGCUAGAAAGUGAGCGCUGGUAUGCAGCCUCGAAAUACAUGUCUUCUCUCGAGUCAGGGCCGCCGCGGCUGGAAACAAUCCAGGCCCGGCUCGGCCAAUGCCUAUAUCUGCUGUCAUCGUCACGGGCCAACGAAUGCUGGUACUCAUUCGGCACGACAAUGCAGAUCGUGACCGCACUCGGAUUACACAGGAAGCAACCAGCAAAACUCUCGAAGAACGGGUGUUCUUAUCUAGAAUUGGAGCUUCGCAGGCGCAUCUUCUGGAGUGUAUACACUCUAGACAAAUAUCUAAGCAUUAUGUUCGGAAGGCCUCGACUGCUCCACGACGAGGAUAUCGACCAAGAACUACCGGAGGAGACGAACGACCAAGAUUUACUGGAAGAAGAUCCGACGCGAAGAACAGGAUCCACAGACAGUAUGAUGAUUGCUUCUGUUCUUCACUACCGACUUGGUCGUAUCCUGGGUGAUAUAUCCCGCCAAUUAUACAGCAUAAACACCCUCCCUCGAGACUCACCCCUCGAGACCGCAAUCCGCCUAACCUCAGAACUCGAAAAAUGGAAAGAAACCGUCCCACCCUUAUUCAACAGUGUACACCCAACUAGUUUAAUCCCGCCCCUCUGCCGCCAAAGCCAAGUCCUCCAACUCGCCUACUCGCACGCUAUGAUCCACGUCACUCGCUCAUUCCUCUUGAACGAUUUCACAGACCUCAGCCGUAGACCAACAGUCCCGCACCCGAUGGUCAGCUCAUAUGUCCAGAAAUGCAUACAGGCUGCCGAGGACAUCAUGACCAUAACCGAUGGUCUCGCACACCAAGGUGUGCUGAUCCAGUCAUUUUGGUUCACGCACUAUGUGUGUUUCUGUGCUGUUUUGGUCAUUUACAUCCAUACUAUCCAGCAGCACCGUAAGUCAUUGGGCGGAUCUAGCUCAGCCUCUGUCUCUUCGGCCGGAAGUCCCAAUGAUCCAGAUAAAUUGCGUCAGCUUUUUUCUCUCGCUGAAUCUUGUCAGCAACACCUUGCUGAAGCUACGCGCAAGAACUGUCCAAGUCGUCGCUACGGGAUUAUUCUGGAGGAAUUGAGACAGGAAGUUCAUCGGCAGAUUGGAUCCAAUGGGGUCUCUGUUGAAACCCAGGCUCAUUCUUCUAGUGUAAAUGAUACUUUAUAUGUCUCGGGGGAGAGUUCACAGAAUGCGGAUGUAAAAUCGGUUCUCUUUGACGCCCAGCCGGUUGAUUUUAUGAUACAGCCAGCUGAUUUGGGGGUGAAUACGGGAGACGAUGUAGGCUUCCUUGAGAGCCUCGAAGGAUCGAUAUGGUGGGCUCAACUUGACUCAUGGGCCUUGUCUAAUCUCCCUAAUGACCCAUCUACGUUUAGCUUAUAA